UCCUUUCAAAGUGAAGUUAUUUAGUCUGAGCUGAUUUUCAUCUGUGACUUGCAGUGAUGAUUAACAGGAGAYAGAAAGAAGAUGAAUUACAAGAUGAGUUCYUUCUGCAGGUUUGCUUUUAUGCACCAAAUUUCUCAGAUGACAAAGACCUGAUGAUGUUUGUUUCCUCCUUUCUGCUGAGCCUUUGCUUCCUGUUAAAUGCUCCAACUAAAGACCGACGUAGUUAAUGUGCAGAUUUACCAAAACCCGGAAACUCUGCUUGAUAGCAUGUGAAAAGCCAGCAUUAACAUUCCGAACGAUAAACCUUGAGGCACCRUCCAACUGUAAUGAGACCCACACAGAGUACAGGAACCUCAGCCAAAUGACGACGACUGGAGCCUCUAAAAUCACAAAGGAAAGAAACAUUGACAGCUCUAGCAUGAACAGGAUGACUGGCGUUGAAGUGUCCAAAACGUUGGCAGAGCAAGAUCUGGAGCUGAUGUCUAAGUACAAAACGGACAUCAAAAGUGUGGGAAAAGCGCUUCGUCUUCAUCCUGCUCUGAUCGCCGCCAUCAUCUCCAAACAGUCCCGCGCCGGAGGAACCCUGGACUGUAAGGGYUACGGAAAACUCGACAGCGUCUGCUUCGGACUCAUGCAGAUCCAUAAAGACCAUCAUGAGCUGAAAGGAACAGCGUUCAGCAGGGAGCACAUUGAGCAAGGAAGCACUUGCCUGAUUCACCUCAUCAAGGACAUGAAGAACCGGAAGCCUGAUUGGUCAGAAGAGAUGCAGCUGAAAGGAGCGCUGGUCGGGUACAUGACUGGGCUGGAGCGGGUUCCUCUAGCCCAACCCGAUCACCUGGACAGCGAGACACGGACCAAGGACUUCUCUAAUGAUGUCAUCGCCAGAGCGCAGUUUUUCCAACAAAAAGGCUACAAAUGAUGAGAAACGGCGGCAAACCUGCUGCGGUUCCUCCAUGAAACAUCACGACCACCAGGUCGGACCGGCCCAUUUAUUCCCACCACAGUUCGGCUUCUUGUGGUUUUCUAAACCCAAAACAGAAUUUAUAACGACACCUUGAUCCUCAUCACCAGUGGUGGGCAAAUAAAAGAUUAGCUACUCUAACUCUAAAGCGCUAAUCACAAACAUUCAUUCAUGACACUGAACAAACAGUAUUUAGUGACAGCUAAUGCUAAAGCUAAUGCUAAAGCUAAAACUUCAGUUUAAAUUAUACCUAUAAGAGACAACAGUUUAAUAAUUUACAUGUUAGAUAUUGGUUAGGUAAUCUUCUUUGCUAAAUAACCUUUAUUAAUACUAUUAACUGUGAUGAUUUUUAAUAAUUUAAUCGAUAAAUUUGAUAUUUUGGUCUUGAACAUCUUGGUUAACUUUUUCAAAAAUAUUUUGUUUUUUUUUAUUUUGUAGAUGAAUUGUAUUUGCUCAGUGUUAACUGUUAUUCUUAUGUUAGUCUCAUCUUAUGUUAGCUUCCUAACACAAGAUGUUGCAUAAAAUGUUGAAUUUCAAAUGUUUAAGUUUCCUCCAGCAGAAUGUGAAUUGAUUAAGCAGCAUCAUGAUAGAGAUGCUUUCUCCUUUAUUUUUAUUUCUUCACUGUUUCUGAUUAAGUUAAUUUUAAACAUCAGUUGUUUUAAUUGUAAAUAAGUUUGUUCUUCAUAAAGAAAGUCAGUGCUUGUUAUUAACCGUAGAUAUCCGCUCAACUUUUGUUCUUUUACGUCGUUUUUAUGAAUUAUUUCUGGUCUGUAAAGACAAUUGAGGUGAACUUUGGUUCCCAGAGUGAAAUCUGAAUAAAKUUAUAAAGUAUUA